AGCCUGGUGAAUAUGAAUUGUUGCUACUAUCUUUUGAACGAACCGGCUCCGGAAAGUUUCACUUAGGCGGUGUUUAGUUUCAAAAGCGGUGAAAAACAGCAAUAUCCGCAACAACAUGUCUCGAGACGAUUCUGCGAAGCAAGUGCAGCAAAACCCUGCGGGUGUGCAAGCACUUGGUAUGUCAACAGUAGCUCCCGCCAGUGCCCCUGUUAGGACUAUCAUCGAUAAAAGGACGUACGACCAGGUAUAUAGGGAUGCACUGGUAUCAAACCAUAAAAUUAUGUAUCAAAAGCCGGAAAAUAAGCAGCCUGCAGAAUCGCUACACGUGCCUCAGCCAGGACCUUCAACCAGCGCGGAAAGACAGGCUACCAAGUACACGACCACUGUAUACAACAUUACUUCCCACGAUAUGUCUAAUUCGUCUCAAAAGAUCGGAACGUUUAGCGUAACGACGAAGGGUGCUCAGCCGUACGUACUAAAGCAACCGAUUCGUUUGUCGCAACCAAUUAUGGAGGUGAUCUCGUACCAAAAGUCCAACUCCGAUGCCUAUGCAAAGCACUUGCAAGAGAUCACAAAAUCUGCCGUGAAAAAGGUGGAAUUACCAAAAAGUGUCACGAAUGUGGAGCCACCAGGCCGUACCGAAGCUAGUGCUUCUACAAUGACAAAUCAUAAAGAUCUGAACGACUUCCAGCAUCGGGUUCCAACCGUAGCGCAGUCAAAAAAUUGCAUGCAAAGUUAUCAGCAAUUUCUUGCGUCACAAAAUAUUCAACAGCGCAUUCAAGCUAAACAAGAACGCAGGCAGGCGCCGAUACCAAGUUUCAAAACCUUUGCACAGAACGGCGAAGCGGUACGCAUUUCCCAACACCGGUCGAACAUAAUGGUGUCUAUAGUAAAUCCCGAGAUGUCUUCUCCUGCACCGACUCAUGUAUAUGGAGCACCGAUGGUGGCAACCGAACAGACCAAAACUUCAGUAACAGAACGAUUUCAGGGGCACGCUGGGGGAAUUAGUACCAAUGGGCGAAUACCAUAUGAAAUGAAUAGCUUCUCAGGAAAUCUUACUGAGCCACCACCUGCUCAUACCAUGGUAAAAAGCAACCCAACAAAUGCUCCGUGUCCAAGUUCAACAGCACGCCUGUCCACCAUACGUCCCGAGAGAAGUCUUAUCAAAGUGCAGAACUAUUCUCAAGAUGAAGUAUUAAAUUUGGAUACAAAGUAUAACACUGAGCCAACUGUUCGUCCACUCGGAGCACCCACCGUUCCAAGUGCCAGCCCUUCGAUAACCACUAUAUCGUCGAAGGUUUGUGUCCAACAAGAAGCAGGUGACUCGACAACCCAGUUGACUGGAUUAGAGAAAAAUAUUCCCCAAAUUGGUAGACCAGCGGAAGCAUCUACCGUUUCGAGUUUCAGUCAACACGAUGCAGCUGGAUCGGCUACACAAUCGUCUCCGACAAUGCAAAAUGCUUCGCAAGUUAAUCGUACUCCUGAAGCACCUACCAUUUCGAGUUUAAAACGACACGAUGCAGGGGGAUCGGCAACACAAUGCACUGGGACAAUCCAAUACAAGUCAACAGUUGAUGCUAAAUCACACAUUGUAAACCACACUACUUUCAAAGCCACACAAGCGGCAAUAUGGAACCAUUUGCAGAACCACAACAUACAGCAGCUUCUGGCACAGUUGCAAUCGCAACAGUUUUUGGGGCACAACACCAAACAACAAAGUGAAUCCAAUACAGCGACCACGUCCGAGUCGAAGUUUAAAAUGCUAUAUGCAGCACAAAAUUGUGACGAUGCCAACCGAUCACUCCUAAAGCCGAACCUAGUCGAGCUUAAUGGGAAGCCAUCAGCGUUGGAAUUCAAACCACAGAUUCUACCCAAACUAAACAGCUCUGUAAAACGCAAAAACGCUGCUGACGAUCAAGAUCCUAUGAAGAAACCCAAAAGAGGAAGAGGAACCAAACUCAACCGUACGUCGGAACCGCAUCUACAAAAUGUGCCGUGCUAUACACUUACCUCCCGACUUCCCCGUUGCCGAGAGUGCGGACGGUCGGCCGCGACACGUUCCCGCCAUGCGCAAAGCAUUUUUUGUCGUUUUUAUGCGUUUAGGAAACUGAGGAACAAUGAGUUGGGCAAGCUGGAAGUGACUGGUUUUGCCGACCCGUAUCUCGAUCCCAAAGAGGCGGACAUCAGCUUGUGGAGUGCCAAUUUGAAGCAGGUGCCGGUCGAUCUAUCAAUCGAAAAAGCGAAAUUUCUGCUCGGCCAAGUAGGGUACAAGUUCUGCGAGCUGUUCCACCAGGAGAAGGAGGCACAUUUUGAGCAUUUAGCGUCAGAUAAGACAAUUGCCUGGAAACAGGCUGUGCAGGGCAUCCGAGAGAUGUGCGACGUGUGCCAGACGACACUGUUCAACCAUCACUGGGUGUGUUCCACCUGUGGGUUUGUGGUAUGCAUCGAUUGUUACAAGUGCCGCAAACGUGGCAUCGUAACAACCGAGCCUAAUACCAAAGACAAGGACUCAAACGGAUGGUUGCUGUGCACCGGGACGAAGGAACCGCAUAGUCAAGACCGCUUGAUGCUCACACAGAUCAUACCCAGCAACUGUCUGUACAAACUAGUCCGUCAGAUGCACGGCAUCUGCGCUCUGCUUGAGAUUCCACUGAACUGCGAAUGUCCGCUUAGCAAAGAACCGCGGUUUCGUAAGGUUAAGGAAAAAUUUGAAUUCAUCUACCCGAUCACGGUGACCGGACCGCACCGUACGGAUGAACAAGUUUUCUACGAUUUCGAUGGCCCAAUCGCUGCACCACCGCCAUCAUCAAGUACGAAGAUCACACGAAUGGUGUCGAUUACUAUCAAAAACAUCGAGCAGCAGCAGGAGACAGAACGCGAUGCUGCCAGCCUAGACGACGAUGCCAAUAGGCCGAUCAUGUGCAGGAUUGAAUUUUCAAAACAGUUCCAACACGACGAAGAUGGCGUUGGUGGAGAAGAAACAUCGUGGAGGGCAUCUGCGAAAAACUUGAACGGCGACGAUGGUACGAACAGUGAGAAGCAAAGUUACAGCUUCGAACGUUUCCAGGAAGAAAUAUACACAGAUGGGGAACACUUCGACGAAAAUCUGUACAAAAAGACCGCCGUAAGUAAAGCAAUUAAGAAAGAGCAGCAAUCGAACGAAAACGGGGAAAGGAAGCAAGCGGUGAAAACUGAAGGAGAGCAUUCCAAUGGAAAUGGCUGCGAGAAAUCUGAUCUCAUCACUUGCAGUAAACAAUCGAAUACGACAAAUGGCGCUGAAAGUAGAGAAAACUCAGCGGAGAAUAUUUCCUGCGCGAUGAUCUUUACGAAGAAUGAGGAUAGCAUGGAUGAAGAAACGAGAAACGGUGCCAUGAAUAAUUGUAGUAACGGAGAAGAAGCGAACCUCUCGAAGGAGGGUGUGCAAAUGGAUACUUCUAAUAAUGACGAAUCCAGCCAGUUGCUCGAGGAUGGACUAAAUAAGUCAGAUGCUGACGGUGUCGAUACGACCGUAGUAAAGAAAAAAGGAACCAGCAAAGUAUCAUCCUUGAAAGAUCCUCCGAUCCAACCAGUGUCGUACAGUGAAGAAGGUCGUUUCAAACCAUCGCCACCGAUGGACUCCACCACAUUAACCAUGAUCGUGAAGCAGAUGGUAAAGUUCGACAAAACGGUCGAUAUUUUCAGCACGUUCGAACGACACAUGGCCAGCGAAACGGGCCACCAGGACGACUUCGAGGAGUGCAUCACCAUUAAGCCGGAGCGGGUGCGUCGAUUUCUGCUAGAUUUCUUGGACGAUUUCGUGUACCUGCGGGGUCAGAACAGUAGCGACUCCCUUACGAACGAACGGCAACUGCUGGAAUACAACCGGCAGAUUAAGGAUGGAUUAAAGUUUCGCAACAAAGGCGAGCGACGGAUGCAGCAGGGCAAUUCGCGCGUCCUUUACCCCGAAGUGGCACACGAGUGGCUGUGCAAUGGGAAGCUACUGAGACUGUUGGAUCCGCUCGAUGUACGCAACUAUCAGUCGUUUCAUGAUCAAUGGGAACGAGGCCAGCCGGUGAUGGUUUCGGCCGUCUCAAGCAAGAUGAACAUGGAACUGUGGAUCCCGAAAGCGUUCGGGCGCGACUUCGGGGAGCAGGUGAACGAUCUGAUCAACUGUUUCAAUGGGAAAAUUGUGCGCGGUCACAGGAUGAAGGUGUUCUGGGACGGCUUCGAGUGCAUCCGCGAACGGUUGCUGGAUGAACGGGAACGAUCGAUGAUGCUCAAGCUCAAGGACUGGCCACCGGGGGAUGAUUUUGCCGAGAUGAUGCCGACACGGUUUUACGAUCUGAUGAAAUCGCUACCCCUUGGCGAGUACACGCGCCGUGAGGGCCGUCUGAAUCUGGCAAGUCGGCUAAGCAGUUUCUUCGUGCGUCCGGAUCUCGGCCCGAAGAUGUACAGUGCGUAUGGGUCAGCGCUGCACCCGAACAAGGGGACCACCAAUCUGCACCUGGACAUUUCGGACGCGGUCAACGUAAUGGUGUACGUGGGUGUACCGACGGACGUGCCGCGGGCUGGCUACAACGAAAAGGUGUUCGAAGUCAUCGACAGGGAGGACUGCGAUUAUUUGACACGGGAGCGUAUCCGGAAGCGCCAGGAGCUACCGGGCGCCCUGUGGCACAUCUAUCACGCCCAGGAUGCGGACAAAAUACGCGCGCUGCUGAACAAAAUCGAACUGGAGCGCGGUGGCACGAUUAAGCCGAACCACGAUCCGAUCCACGAUCAAAAGUGGUACCUCGAUCGGCCCAUGCGCCGCCGGUUGCAGCAGGAGUACGGUGUAGAAGGCUAUGCGAUCGUGCAGUGCUCGGGCGAUGCCAUAUUCAUACCGGCCGGAGCACCCCACCAGGUGCGCAACCUGCACAACUGCAUCAAGGUAGCGGAGGACUUUGUGUCGCCGGAAAAUAUUUCUUACUGCUUCAAGCUGACGAACGAGUUCCGGCAUCUCAGCAAGACACACUCGAACCACGAGGAUAAGCUGCAGAUCAAAAACAUCAUCUACCACACCGUCAAGGAUGCCGUGUCCAGUAUUACGAAUCCGCUUAUCAUGACGGCGUCCCGUGAUGCUGGUAAGCCCGUGAUGUAGAAGCGUGUGUAGCUUAAUUCUAGCAAUUCGCGAACAAUUUACUUGUGUAAAAAUUGAACUUGAAAUUAUGAAGAGAAUUUGAAUUAUGAUUGAAAUUUCAUAGUGAACGAAAUACUUAAACAACAAUAUUCUACUCAAUGUUUUUUUUUAUAGUUUUAUCACGAAGAGCCAGUCAAUAAAAAAUAUGUAACAAGUGGUAGUACUAAGUUAUCAAUUUGAUCCGUUCUGGACUCGAUGAGCGCAUUCACGAUGAUGGCAAUACCGGCGUAGGCCGCCUUGGUGACCGUCAGUUGUACUAAUCCCGUUUCGUAAA